CGAAUACCUACCCUGCGCGAUGUGCAAAGACGGACGCGCUCGUCAAUCAUUUGUUGUACUAAGGCCGGUUAUAUUCAGUGAUAAAUCUAUCGAUUUAUAGUACCAUAUCAACCCGCCUCAGCCGUAUUCCUUCUCAACUCUAGGCUCUAGCGCUGUUGAAGCCCACAAAAUAUGACUUCGAAUUUUAUCCAUUUUUCCCUCUUCACCCCAUACACACACGGUCAUGCCCCGGGAACCGGGCAGCAAGUGUUCCAUUUCCUAAUCUGACGGUCCACGCUUCCGGAAGCCCGGUGAUCCAUGACCCAAGCCUUUGCUUAAUCAUUGGCUCGGCAGUACGGGUACAUCCGGGAUGCAGUCUAGCAGUCUAGCAGUCCAGAUGAACGUGUCGAGGGACAAGUCUCGAUUUCUCAUUACUCUCAACCCCUGGAGAACCUCGGGUGGCGUUAUACCAUCCAUGUCAAAGAAUCCUCAGGUAUGUACCUAUAAGAAAAUCUGGGGUGUGGGUGUGUGAUAUGUCAUGCUUAAGCUUGGUUCCCCACGAGAAACCAUUCUGGCUACACCUCUAAGUGGGCUACCAAGCCUGACUCCUUAGCUUUACGCCGGGAUAUGUUUUCUAUAUAUCAAGGGGUAAUGUAGGCCACGAGAGAAGGGGCUGGACGGGAGCCCCUCACUCAUUCGGUGUUGGCUAGACGACUCGAGACGACCCUGGACGACAUUGGACGACAUCGGACGACGAAGACAAGAUGAUCUCUACCUGGGGGCUUAUUGCCUCAACCGUUGUCCUAUCAGGACGAGUUCUUGCUGAUACUUGUUCUACCCUUAAGAAAAUUUCUAACAUUGAGGUUACCGACCCCUUUGAUCUGUCAUAUCUGUCGGAGCAAAGCGACUAUUGGUCAACUUCUUGUUCCGCCUUGAAGCCAUCCUGUAUUAUAUUCCCUAAAGAUGCUGACGAGGUUUCUGCUAUUGUGAAGAUUCUCAACAACAAUACGGAGAACUUCGCUAUCAAAUCUGGAGGGCACAACCCCAAUAAUGGCUGGUCCAGUGUCCGGGGCGGCCCCCUUAUCUCGACCCAGAACAUGAAGCAGGUUAUUCUAGACAGCGAAACGGGAGUAGCUAGAGUCGGACCCGGACAACGGCUAGAUAGCAUUUCCGCGGCGCUACAGGGAACCGGCUGGACCUUUGUUGGCGGCCGCAUUGGGAACACCGGUGUCGGCGGUUUGGUCCUCGGCGGUGGCCUCUCGUACAUGUCAGCGCAAUAUGGCUGGGCCGCUUCGUCGGUACUAGAAUACGAGAUUGUCCUUGCCAACGGUACCAUUGCAACUGCGUCCGCCACCCAAAACGCGGAUCUGUUCAAGGCCCUCAAGGGAGGCGGCAAUAACUUUGGCAUCGUAACCACGUACGUCCUUCAAACAUAUCGCCAGGCCAAUAUUUUUGGUGGCAAUCUAGUCUUCCUUCGCACUCCUGAGACGGACACCAAGCUGCUUAAGGCUGUCCGAGACUUCACCGAGUACAACGAAGACGACAAGGCGGCCGUUAUCGUGACAGCUGAACGUGGCAACUUAGAUCUCAUCGACACUUGGAUUCUCUUCCUUUUCUAUGAUGGGGAGGUAGUCCCCGAAGCGACCUUUAAGAACUUUACCGACGUCGGGCCUCUACUUGAUACCACAAAGGUCCAAACAUACGCCAAUCUCAUGGCAAAGAGUAAUUGGGUCAUCGUCAAAGGAUCUGUUGUCCAGAUCGGAACUGAGACAAUCCCAAUGCCCUCUGCGGAAGACAGCGAAAAGGUGAUGGGAGGAAUUCAUGACCACUGGAGAAAUAUCACCGACACCACUCUUCUUGAACUUGGGAUAGUCGCCUCGAUUGCUUACCAGCCAUUUCCCAAACGAAUCGCAGAGGCGGCGAAGGAACGUAGCCCUGAUUUAAUCGACGCCGACGAUUCGGCCAACCGCCUGAUCCUCGAGCUGAAUUACAGCUUUAUACCACAAAGUGACUACGACAAGAUGGAUCAGACGCUACAGAAAACAUAUGGCGGAAUACGUGAGCGUGUCCUGGGGUGGCAGCAAGAUGGGACGUUGCCAGACAUCUAUCUCCCAAUCUUCAUGAAUUACGGGUUCCAUCAGCAGGAUUACUUCGCUAGACUUCGUCCUGAGAAUAGGGCUUUUGCGCACUCGGUUUCUCAGAGUGUGGACCCCACUGGGUUCUUUCGGACAAGGAUAGGUGGUUGGAAGCCAUAGAUUUGGUGUCAUAUUGUUGGAAAUACGCUCCUAACCCAGACCUCUGAUUCCAUUCCCCCGUCUCUCAUUCUUCUUUCCGUUCAACGGUAUUACGGUUUACCAUAAAGCUACUUACCUAUUUCUUAACAUAGGUAGUUAACCACAAAGCGGUAGCCAUGGAAACAGGAACAUUUGAUAAUGAUACUUUGUACCUAUAUUUUUACAAUUUCUUAGCCUGUCCACUAGGUUGGUAAUUGAUAUUCAUCUCAUAUCCCUUUCUCAUAUAGCACCACGAACACGAAUAUUUAAGCCCUAGUUAGAUCUUACAGCCACUAUAUAUCAACAUAACUACCUACUAUGGUAUCUUGCUUCUUUGGUCACAUAAUAUUUAGC